ACAGUUUAAAAGUAUAUAAUCUGUCCCGCACACACCGCUCACACGUGUUUUUAUUUGGCCGAAUGUUUACAUUUUUAUUUUAUCCAAAAACUCCUGAAAAAUGUUAGCGACAGUGCGUAAUGACUUAUUAGUUUAUAAGGGCAGCAAUUUCUUUCGUCAGAGACUGUUGCUGGCUACGUUAAGUGGUCGUGCAAUUAAAAUAGAAGAGAUUCGUAGCACGCAUGAUGAUCCGGGUCUUCGGGAGUACGAAGUAAGUUUGAUACGGCUGCUGGAUAAGGUGACGAAUGGUACAAGAGUGGAACUGAGUCAGACGGGUACUUCUGUGUACUAUCAGCCCGGGAUAUUAGUCGGUGGACAAGUUACACACAGUUGUAGCACGCAAAGGGGUAUAGGUUAUUACUUAGAAAUACUGCUAGCAUUGGGUCCAUUCUGCAAAGAGCCAUUGAACGCAGUGCUACAGGGAGUGACCCACAGUGAUCUGGACGUGUCAGUGGACAAAAUCAAGACAGCCGCCCUGCCUGUGCUGCUGAAGUUCAUACUAGUUGACGAUGGACUUGAGCUUAAAGUUGUGAGAAGAGGGGCACCUCCUCUCGGUGGGGGUGAGGUAGUAUUCAAAUGCCCAGUGAGACGCAGCCUGAGGCCACUGCAGUGGUCACAGUGGGGGCUCGUGAAGAGAAUACGAGGCGUUGUGUAUGCACUGCGAGUGUCUCCUACCAUGGCUAAUAGAGUUGUGGAGGCGGCUAAGGGGGUAAUGUUAAACUUCCUGCCAGACGUGUACAUCAACACAGACCAGUGCCGCGGUUCCAACGCGGGCAAGAGUCCUGGCUUCGGUAUCAGUCUGGUUGCUGAGACUAAUGAGAAGACAUUCUACUGUGCUGAAGCUAAAUCAACAGACGUAGGCACGGGCGACAUCACUCUCCCCGAGGACCUAGGCCGCGAGUGUGCACAACGCCUUCUAGACGAGAUCCACCGCGGCGGCGCCGUGGACUCCGCCUUCCAGUGGCUUGUAGCGCUCUGGAUGGCGUUAGGCCAGAAGGAUGUCAGCGAAUGUAUUGUGGGACCUCUAUCAGACUACACGAUAACAUUCCUGCAACACCUCAAAGAGUUCUUCGGCGUGAUGUUCAAGUUAGAAGUGCAGCGGUCUGAUGCGUCUGACGAGGAGUCUGACGGUUCUGACGACGAGGGUAUCACUCCUGCUAGCAAGAUCAAAAUGACAUGCGUCGGAAUAGGUUAUGUUAAUAUAAGUAAGAGGACUCUAUAAAUAUAUUUUAAGGUAUUA